GGGAACAACAUGGGUGGCAAUUCUUUACGGGUGAAUGUGGCAGGCCGCUAAAUAAAUUAACAAAAUGGUUCCAACAGUACAGAACCUAUCGGUCCUCUUACCUUAUUGUUGUCAUGCUGCUGUGUCACUGAUGGACAAGCCUAGCUACUUCAUAGUGGAGGUGACUCGGUGCUUUUGAUGCAUGUGAGGAACUGUUGGAUGCUUGCAUUCUAAGAUGCUGCCUGUGCGGUUUUCAAAUGAUACGUGAUUUUCCCGCUCGUAGUGUCACGGAGACUCAGGAAGUUUUCAACCGCCGUUGCAUACCUCCUCAAGAAGGAUUCGUCUUGCCAACGGAACUGCCGUCUGCUGGGUGGGGAAGCCCUUCAGAAUAUGGCGAAUGGCGAUGCUCUCUCUGGCAACUGGAUCUGCUGUAGGAUAGCCACGAAAGACGAGGCGGCGAAUGUCGGCUACAAACUCUGCCAGCUUCUCCUUUGGCUGAUGUCUCCUCGCUCUAGCUGUGCGAUGAAGUAUUAUGGCAACUGCCGUUCGCCAAUUUGCAAAGCUCCAGUUUAUCAGAGUUUCGGACGACUUGAUCGCCUCCGCAUCCAUGCUGCCAGUGGUACAGGAAUACUCGGCUGUCGUAGACUGCUGUAAGGUUGGAAGCGUUUCUCUUCCUCUGACUAGCCGCAAACCUCGGCGAGACCCAUUAGUGGUCGAACGAAGCAUGACUUCGUGCCGUCAUAUUUUCCUUGGUGAGGGAGAGGAACAUCCAGCUUAUGACUUGGCUGUUCUGGGAGGACGAGGAGGCUUUGCUUGGUCUGUUGCUGCCGGCUGAGGGGCGUCAGCUUUGGUAACGGGCUGGAGCGCCGGGACAUCACUGACUGAUGAUUAAACAUUGUCAUCUGUCUGCUCAGCCGUUGAUAUGGGCCGAUUGCAUGUUGCUCGGAGCUGUUUCAGCUCGGUUCUGCCUCCACUGAACGCCGAGCUUGAAACCUAAGUUAUAGGUUCGAACUCCUGUUUAAGUCGUUGCAGUUCACUUUCUGCCCAGACUUGAAUACAGGUCGGUGUCAUUGUACAACCACUGCGAGAUUCUCGGUUUUGCCUUAGGCAGGCAUAUCAUUGUUGGCGUUUGAAAUUGGCGAGCAUGCAUGCAUGCAGUCAGAUUCUAAAGCUGGAAUUAAGACUCAUGGAGUAGAGGGAUAUCACCAAGUGAUUCUGAUUGUGGCAUACCUCGGCGCACGCUUAGUGUUUUGCUUAUCAGUGCCGACUUGGAGCCACUUCUAAUUCUAUACGUGGGUCCCAUGCAUGAGAAACUGAGUCUGGGUUCUGGAAAGGGCAAUUAACAAAGUACACAGAGCGCGGCUGAAACUUUGGCUGAAACGUCUGGUUCCGCUCAAUUUAAGUGCGCCCUCAACAGUUGGCCAACAACCGUCAAAGUGCCGGCUGGCCUGGGCGAAAACCGGCGCGGUUGGAUCCGGAACGUCUGGGAAGUUUCGAUUAUCAAGUUGGCUAUUCUACCUCCAUGGCUAAAUGAAUAUGAAUUUUGUUAGAAAAUCAUAUUCAUAUUACCAACCGACAUGUGCAAGAGGUGUUUCCCAACGUUGAUGGUGUGACGAGUGUGCCUGAGCAUAGAUCAAGUAUCGGAGGAUCAAUGUUUCUCAAGGUCGAUCACGGGAAAAAUUACAAGUGCAAUGAUGAAAUACUGCGUAAGCUCUUCCAACUUGAGAAAGAGAGUGAUUUUGGUUGCAGUGGCCUGUCUGCUGCUGACAAUUUCACUUUUGAUGUUGGGAGGAAUGCAUCUACGAGGGGAUAGCAUUAUAAAAACUAGGAGGAGGCCAGGUGCUUGGUACAAGUUGAAGACGCAUAAAACUGCCCAUCCUGAGAAACAUACCAAUGCAACAGUGGGAGAUUCCCUUUCUCUAAAAACUUCCACCUGUGAAAAAUGUUGCUACCGCUAUACCACCGUCGAAAACGGUGUGCUGGAGAUACGGAGCAAGUCUGAACUCAAGGAAAGGGGCUGCAAGAAAAGGUUGCCAGACGCCAUAAUCCUCGGCGUGAAAAAGUGUGGCACCACCACCCUGAGGAACUUCUUGAGUUAUCAUCCAGACAUCGCCUUCACACAGAAGGAGCUGAAUUUCUUCACAUCCUCUGACAGAAUUGAGGGGCUGGAAUUUUACAGGAGUGAGAUGGUCUACUCCACUCUGGACCAGAUCUCGAUGGAGAAAACCCCGGCUUACUCCCUCCACCCGAAUGUCCCUGCUAUGGUCAAGGCAUUGCUACCCGAUGUCAAACUCAUCAUCAUCAUGCGGGAUCCAGUGGAGAGGGCCAUUUCAGACUUCGUGCACGUACAGGUCACCGUUGCCAAACACUGUCUGAAGCAAAAAGCCUUUGUGUCCUUUAUUUCAGAGCUUAGGAACAUCACUUUACCCAAGGGAUGUGAUUUCUUCAUCCAUUCCGAAAUCAACAAUACCUUUGAGGAGUCCGUGAUAGACUCCAAUGGACGUGUCAAGGUAGGAAGUCAGUUAAUCUCCAGAGGGGUUUACGUCCAGGAUAUACAGCGAUACCUGGAGUACUUUAAUCCCGAACAGAUUCUCGUAUUAGAUGGGGAGGCGUUCAUUAAGAACCCUUAUCCAGCUGUCAAACUCGUGGAGCAGUUUCUAGGCGUCAGGGAUUACUUCACACGUGACCAUUUCUACUAUGAAGUCCAGAAGGGAUUCUUCUGUCUCAAUAAGCCCAUCCCUAACAACUGUAUGAGGCGGGCGAAGGGGCGCCCUCAUCCGGAAGUAAAUGAUGAGACGCUGGGGAAACUGCGUGACUACUACCGGCCUUACAACAAGGCGCUGAACGACCUCAUGAAAGUUGACUUUCAUUGGUCAUCAUAGAAUUAACUCUAUCAAAAACACAGAGUUAUUUUGAUAUAAAGCAGGGACGACAGUCAUGACUGCUAACGAUUGUUCCAUGGAGACCCCCAUCUUUGUGGUCACGUGCUUAUCUCAGAGGGGAUAUCAUUGAAAUUGUACGUCCCAUCAUGUUCAAGAUACAAUGGCAUGACGGGACACAUUUUUAACCUAAACCUUCCCAAAUCCUCUUUGCGCGAAGGGAGGAUUUUGUAGGAUUGAGGGUAUACAUGGCAAAAAUGUGUUGCUUACGUGUGGAGGUUGCACUGUGUGAAUUAGGCCUGAUUUCUUAUUUUUAUUAUGCUCAGCCAUGCAUAAAUUUAGGCAUAUAUUAUACUUGAAUCCUCCCCCCUGCUCCAGGAUGUCACUGGCUCUGCCUCAACAUAUUGACAGUGAUUGCGGGAGGAUUUUGCAGGAUUGCUAAAGCAGUGGUCACUCCUCCUAGGAAAACAUUCAAGAAAUAACAGAAGAUUUUGGAGGAUUGAGGCAUGAUGCAAUUUUUGCACCCAGGCAGUUGAAGGAUUUAGCAGGAUUGAGGGUGCAUCCUUGCAAAAAUGCCUAGGGAGUUAGGGUUAAUCAAAUGCCCCCCCCCCAAUAACCACGUGACCAAAAGCCAGCGGCAUCCAGGAGACAGUCCAUCAACAGGUAUAUUAAAAAUAUGCCCAAUCAGAUUUGAUCCUCUCCUUUUUAUCUGAAAUGCUGGACCUCAGUUUUGUAUGUAUCUUUGGGAACGUGAAAGUGCGGGCAUCAAAAUGAGUAUUUUCCAGUAGUUGGACAAAAAAAGCCUUCUUAUUUCCUCGGUUUAAGUGACUAAACAAGAGUACUUGAGGCUGUUGGCUGGCCCACUGAUCUCCAUAAAGAUCUUAAAAGGUGGUAAUGGCCAAAAUGAGCUGUACACACAAAUGAAGCUAGGCGUUGAUUCCCAAUACCUCCAUUCGAAUGUGGGGAGAGCACCAAUCUUAACCACUCCCAUCGUUUACAAAAAGAUCUGAAAUAGAGCCGUCCGAUGCCGAAAGCAUACAAAAUAUUUUUCUAACAGAAACUUUAUAUAAAAUAUACUAUCUUGCCAUUUUAUUUACUUUUUAAUUUUAAUACCGUACUACGUUGAGUAAAAUGUGUACAUGUCAAUUAUUAAUAAGAUAUCUUUCUUUAUAAUUAUAUUGUUCUUGGAAUGGUUAUAUACAUGGCGGUCGGUGGAUUCACUUCAAACAGCCAGUAAUUGUCUAUUCACAUUUUUUACAUGGAGGUCAGAGGUCCGGUUUAAAUAGGAUGAUUGAAUCGUUGCCAACACCAUCAAAACCCACUUCUGUUCAUCAUAAUAUUUCGAGGCGAGUUUUUUGUUUUGAGAAAUGUAUGCCUAAAAAAUAAUGGUGUGAGAAUGUUCUUACACCAUGAUGGAUCUAUUGACUUCGGUGCUUGAUUUCGUUUGAAUGAUCAGCUUAGGCGCUCCAUACUAUGAUGGCAUGACGCUCCAUACUAUGAUGGCAUGAAGAUCAAUCAGUUUACAUACAUGUCAUUCUAAAGGCUUCGCGGGAAGCCAUAAGUUUUCCUUUGAAUAUAGGUUAGGCCAAAAAAACAAAUAUUCGGUCUCUGGUCAGACCAAAGUUCCGGAAUGGACGCGGCCACGUGGCUUUUUUUUUUUUUUUUUG